AUGCAGAACAACGGCAAGCGGGCGGUGCUCGACAUGGGCACAGGUUGCAUAAAGGCCGGAUGGGCUGGCGAAGGACGAGCGCGCUAUGUCUUACCCACAUGUGCUGGAGCGGUCCGUCGCCGGCCGCAGCUGUACCUAAGUGAGGAAUGUUACGCCUUGCAAGAGUACAUCUGCUCUCGGCCUAGUCAGGGGGGCCUGUGGGCUAAUCUGGAGAUGCUGCGAGACAUCAUCGACAUGUCCUUUGGCCGAAAGUAUCUCGGAACCGAUCCCAAAGAAUUAAGCGGCGUGGCCCUGACAGAGCCUCUCCUUACACCGGCCCCCCUUAGACACCACAUUAGUGAAAUCCUAUUCGAGGACUUGGGUGUGGAGAGGCUGUCCAUUGUUGCUGCGCAAGCCGUUGUUCCCUACGCCUUCUGGGGUAUGGGGUGGGGGUCCCAUGAUAUGUGUGCUCCCCCUCGAGCUAAGCGCAUGGCCAUUACUUGCUAUAGCGGGCCCGAUCUGGAUCCUCAGGAACCUUCGGGCCCCGUGGGCGGCCCCUUGAAAGGAAAGGGGGCACCUUGCGCCGACCCCUGUUUUUCUCCUCGGCUUGCAGCCACUACCCCGUCAGCAGAAGGAGUAGACCUAAGUAUGACGGGCCACGUCAGCCCUGGUCGCAAUCCAUUCGGCUUAAUCGUCGAUGUCGGGUUUAGCGCCUCGCACGCAGUCCCGGUAGUGAACUACACGACCUUGGAGGCCUCGGCGCUGCGAUCGGAGAUCGGAGGCACCCAUGCCAAUGCCUACUUAAAGAACCUUCUCCUCACGCGAGGCCUCAGCCUCGAGAAAAAUGAGCUCUUCGCGCAGAAGCUCAAGGAGGAAACGUGUUUUAUUGCGCGAGAUCCUAUGGGAGUUCUAAAACGCCUUAGCACUCUUCCGGGGGGCAGAAGGGCGGCUCAUUUGGGAGGGCCCUUGCUUGUGGAGAGGGAGACCCCCGAUUAUUCAUUAUCUAAGGCGCAACUGGCCACCUACUUCCACACGCACUCUCCCGCACCCAUCCCGGACUUAUCUUCUCUCAAGGAUUCUGGCGACUCUCACGCACGAACUGGCAGCACAAAUGACAACCAGCACAUUGGUGGCAGUGGGGAGACAGCCACGAAGUGCUCGACACCCUCAGCAACAUCGAGAGACCCUCACCCACCCUCCUCAGCAGAGGUGUCCUGGGUCGCACCCGCUGCUCCCACGAGGCCUACAGUAAAGCUGACGACAGAAAGGCUCAUAGUGCCCGAGAUCUUGUUUCAUCCCCAAGACGGAGGUAGUACAGAGUGUGGCGUCGCGGAGCUUAUAUACCGCGCGAUAUGCAAGGCCCCCAUCGAGGCGCAACCCUUUCUGGCCUCCCAGAUCUUUCUCGUUGGCGGCAGCACCAAGUUCUGGGGUUUUAGGGAAAGGCUGUGCAAUGACCUGCGGGCUAUGCUACCCGAGCACUGGCCAAUUCACAUAUACCAGCACGAAGACCCUCAGCACAGUGCUUGGUUGGGUGCCAGCAACUGGGCUCACGAUGACGGCGUGUACCUGCAAUUCUCAGUGUCGAGGCAACAGUUCCUCGAGACCGGACUUAUGUGA